AUGCCCAUGCUCGCUGACCCCUCUGUCCGCUAUGCGCCCUUCCAGCCUGCUCCUUACCCCGCCCGUACGUGGCCCGACAAGAAGUGCCAGGCCGCUCCCAUCUGGCUCUCCACCGACCUCCGCGAUGGCAACCAGUCGCUCGCCAACCCCAUGACCAACCCGCAGAAGCUGCGCUUCUUCCGUCACCUUGUCCAGAUUGGCUUCAAGGAGAUCGAGGUCGCAUACCCUGCCGCGUCGGACACCGACUUUGAGUUCUGCCGCAUGCUCCUCAACCAGAACGAGGUCCCCGACGAUGUCUGGAUUCAGGUCCUCACUCCUGCCCGUGCCGACCUGAUUUCGCGCACGUUCGAGGCCGUCGCCGGUCUCAAGAACGUCAUUGUUCACAUGUACAACGCUACGUCGUGUCUCUUCCGUGAGGUUGUCUUCAACAACAACCGUGAGGAGACCAUUGGCCUUGCUACCGAGCACACCGCCCACCUCCGCAAGCUUGCCGAGCAGUACGCCAAGUCGCACGGCACCAACUUCCGUUUCGAGUACUCGCCCGAGACCUUUUCGCAGACCGAGACCCCUUACGCUGUUGAGGUCUGUGAGGCCGUCAAGAAGACUUGGCUUGCGGGCAAGGAGAGUGUCUUUGCCGAUGGCCGCCACGAGGAGCGCAUCAUCUUCAACCUCCCCGCCACUGUGGAGGUUGCCACCCCCAAUGUGUUUGCCGACCAGGUCGAGAUGUUCUGCAAGGGCAUCACCGAGCGCGAGAAGUGCAUCAUCUCCCUCCACACCCACAACGACCGCGGUUGUGCGGUGGCUGCUGCCGAGCUCGGUGUUCUUGCAGGUGCCGACCGUGUCGAGGGUACCGUUCUCGGCAACGGUGAGCGUACCGGUAACGUCGACAUUGUUACCCUCGCUCUCAACCUUUACUCGCAGGGCUACACCCCCAACCUCGACUUCUCGGACAUGUUCUCGGUCGUCGACACUGUUACCGAGUGCACCGGUCUCCCCGUUCACCCUAGGCAUCCUUACGCCGGUGAGCUCGUCUUCACUGCGUUCUCUGGUUCCCACCAGGACGCUAUCAAGAAGGGCUUUGAGGCCCAGACUGCCCGCGAGAAGGCUGGCAACAAGAUCUGGGACAUGCCCUACCUCCCCAUCGACCCCGCAGACGUCGGCUGCACCUACGAGGCUGUCAUUCGUGUCAACUCGCAGUCGGGCAAGGGCGGUAUCGCCUACAUUGUCAAGUCGGCCCUCGCGCUCGACGUUCCUCGUCGCAUGCAGAUCUCGUUCUACAGCGUCAUCCAGGGCAUGUCGGAGGUGUCCGGCAAGGAGAUGACCUCCAAGGACAUUACCAGCGCCUUCCGCCAGACCUACCACUUUGGUACUGGCCACGACGGCCGCAUGGUCCUCAAGUCGUUCACCAUGGAGAACCAGCGUGCUUCGCGCAGCUCGUCGGUCGCCAACACCCCCGAGGUGUCGCCUGCCCGCUCGCCCCGCGGUCUCUCGCGCAUCACUGCCCUGUCGCUCAACGGCGCCGAGCCCAGCCCCGACCGCAACGGCUCGGCCAACGACGACGACCUCCCUUCGGUCCCCCGCAAGAUCAGCGCCAACAUGAUCGUCGACGGCCAGUCGUACAAGAUUACCGGUGACGGUAACGGUCCCCUGUCGUCGUUCCUCGACGCCCUCAACGCCGACCUCGGCAUUGCCCUCUCCAUUCGCGAGUACUCGGAGCACUCGGUCGGUGCCGGUUCGGACGUCAAGGCCGCCACCUACAUCGAGGUCAUCCCCCCCAACGUCGACCCCAAGGACAAGACCAAGGGCGGCUUCUGGGGUGUCGGUGUCGACGCCGACAUCACCGCCUCUGGUCUCAAGGCCGUCGUCUCGGCCGCCAACUCGUGGCUUGGUACGACGUUUACGCACUGGAUCGCAGACCACAACGUCCUCUGGCGCUCCCCACUCACGCCCGAGGCGCUCGCGUCCAGCAUCGAGUACUAUGCCCUGCUGGGUAACGGCCCGCCCAAGCUGGGGUAUGUCUACAUUGCAGUGGGCAUUGCGGCCGUCCUCGCUGCGGGCGGCAAGCUCAUGACUGGCUGGAGGGGUAAAGGCGGCGAGGUCCUGUGGGACGGCGCCAGUGUUCUCCUUGUUGCGAGCGUUACCUACAACCAGGUGACUGAGGUGUAUCCCACCCUCAUCUCGUUCCCCAACCCCCUUCCCUCGCCGCUCACCGACCACGAAAUGUUCCCUAUCCUCGCCGGCGCUGUCCGCGACCUCGCCAACGACAACAUCAUCACCUCUGUGAUGCUCACUGGUGUCAUGCUUCUGCAGGCCGGACGCUACUACUCGUCCAAGGGCACAGGCGAGGGCUACCCCCGUUCGGCACCCCCUUCCACCGUCUCCAGCCCCGGCUCCGAGGUGCCGCCCAAGCUCAGCGAGAGGCACGCGACCCCCUUCCGCGAGCUGACCGAGGAGGAGGCGCUCGAGCUCCGCUCGUCCUCGGCCAACGCGUCCGAGACGGAGUCCAAGGCUAGCUCGCUCGGCCCCAACUCGGCCAAGCGCUCGCACCGCAAGCCCAGCUCGCGGAAACACUAG